AUGAAUACCUCAGAGGUUGUAGUUUUGCCUUCUAAUGAUGGUGUGUCGUUGUCUGUGGAGCUCCGUUGGCGCAUUCAAUCAUCUGAAAUUGACGGAAUUUGGCGUUUGCACGAUGCCGCAUUUCCUGUAAAAUAUGAGUCUGAUUACUAUCAAUGGUUGCUUUCAGAUUCGUGCGUAGCUGUCGUUGCGUAUGCAACUCCAAAGAAUCUGUCAUCCAUUUUCAGUUGUAUGGAGUCUGGCGAUAAGAUGGAGAAGAGUACAUCUACUGAUGAUAAUAAUAAUGAUAAUGAUGAUAAUGAUGAUAGUAAAAAUGGUGACGGUACUCAUGAUGUGAAUAAUAGUGACUCUUCUACCUCGUAUUCCGUUGUAGUGGGGUUUUGUAUUGGACAACUUGCACACUGCCGUCAGCGCAAUGGACAACUUGUGCCAUCACCAACAGGUUACUUGGGUUCUUUUGCUGUGGAUGCGAGAUUGCGCUGCCGUGGCUUGGGAGAGUUACUACUAGAACGAUUUAUUUCCUACAUGUUUUUUCAUAUUCCAGUUCCACGCCAUUUAUUCCUGAAUAAUCCAGAAGAGACAUCAUCUGCAACGAAGACAACUAUAACAAUAGCGACGAUGAAAACUAGUGCGAUGAAUUGGUGGAUGUCGCUUCUAGAAAAGGUCACAUUGUAUAUAUUUGGAUAUCCUUUUGCUUUUGGAAAAACAACGUGUGGUGAGGAAAGGAAGGAAGAAUUAGUUUUGCGUGAGACUGAGCGUAGUGAUUUGUAUGUUUUACCCAACUUGCAUAAUAAUGGGAGUCAGCGUGGUGUAAAGGAAGUUUGGUUGCAUUGUUUGGCAGAAGAUACCAAAUUACUGUUAUACUACUUUAAACGGGGGUUUAGACGUGUUUUGGUAAUACCACAGUUCUACACGUUUGAUGGGGAAACCCAUGAUGGGAUGCUUCUCGUAUGUUCCCGUGAAAAUAUCCGUGAUUCCACUACUACUAUUACUGAUACUAGUAGUGGUACUAUUUUUGAGUUUAAGAGUGAAAUAAGUGGCCUUGGUAUGAGCAAUGCAAGCUCUUUAUCGGGGGUUAGAACCAGAAGAUGUUUUAUUACUGAGUCAGAGGAGGGAAGUAGUGGUGAUGUUGGUCGUGAUUCUUUGCCAUUCACAAUGUCUUCUACUGAUAGUGACAGAGAUAUUGUGGAUGUGGAUAUUACCGAUUCUUCAAAGUUGCGUGACGAGUGGUAUUCAAACAAUGGCGCCAGUAUGGCUAACUCGGAUUAUUUGCUAUUCUCUUCACAGGGUACUUUAUAUGUUAUGAAGGGAGUAUUUAUUUUAUUGGGCAUUGUAUGGAUCGUUUCACUUGGAUUUUAA